UUCUCCUUUCAUCAUCGGCCACCCACCACUACAAACUUAUAGCUCCAUUCCUAUUAUUAUACUUCCAAACCUUUUCCCUUCUCUCUCCUCUCUUCCAAGAGAGUAGCAUAUCAUAGCAUAUUGAGAAAAUUUUCUUUUUCUCUUUUUUGUUUCUGCCUGUUAUCAUAAAGAGGAUCAAUAACCCCCUACCAUAAGAGAAAUCAAACCCAAAAGUACAUCAACAAGAAUCAUGGGGGGUGGAGGAGGUGCAAUUGGGGUGAGAGGUCUCAAUGAAGAUGAUGAUGAUAUUGGAAAGAUUGAAGAAGAAAACAAGUGGCCACCAUGGCUUAGGCCACUUCUCCAAACAAGCUUUUUUGUUCAAUGCAAAGUCCAUGCAGAUUCCCACAAAAGUGAAUGCAAUAUGUAUUGCUUAGAUUGUAUGAAUGGAGCCCUUUGCUCUGCCUGUCUUGCUUCCCACAGAGAACACAGAGCUAUUCAGAUAAGAAGAUCUUCAUACCAUGAUGUGAUAAGGGUGUCAGAGAUACAAAAAUUUCUGGACAUAGCAGGGGUCCAAACUUACAUUAUAAACAGUGCCAAGAUUGUGUUCUUGAAUGAAAGGCCUCAACCUAGGCCUGGCAAAGGAGUCACCAACACCUGCCAAGUUUGUGAGCGCAACCUUCUUGAUUCAUUCAGCUUCUGUUCCCUUGGUUGUAAGAUAGUUGGAACCUCCAAGAAGUUCCGGAAGAAGAAAAUGUUAGCUGAGACAGAGGGGUCCAAUGGUGAAGAAUCAAUAAAUGGCAUUAGCAAUGAAAGUGGAAGAAACAAAAUCCAGAGCUUCACACCCUCAACACCACCGCCAACAGUGGUAAAUUACAGGACUGCUAAGAGGAGAAAGGGAGUCCCACAUAGAGCUCCAAUGGGGGGUGCCCUUAUUAUAGAAUACUAAUGUUACAAAAUUAAGUAUUAAUGGUAGUUUUAUGGGUUUAGGUGACUUACCAAACCAUAAUUAUACCCUGAAAGAUACAACAGUUGUUUCCAGUGCCACUUCCCUAAGUGGCAAGAUAUGCCUUGUAAAAGUUACAAUACCUGAGCCACUGUUCACUGAGGCCGGUGUAGGGAAAUGGUUCACUAUCUUGUAUAGUAGGUGUAAGAAUAGCAGUAAAAUCAUACGUAUUGGUAUCAGAUGCGCAAUGUACAAAGUGGCUUGUAGAAAGUUGUUGUAUUUUACACAAUAAAAGUCUUUAUCAUGAUUAUUAAAAUAUUCCACUUGGUUUGGUAUA